GUUCAGAGAAGGACUCCUGUAGCAGACAGUCCCGAUCCCAAACCUUGGCAUCUGGAGGGCUUAUAGAACUAAAGAUGGAGUCCAAUGUAGCAGAAAAUGGCCAAUCCAGCAGUGUUGUGGCUGGUGUGUUUCUUGAGAAGACCAAAGAAGCACUCACCAUAUACCAAGCAAUGAAGAGACGUCUGCUGAAACCAGGGACAUGUCUAGCCCUCCUAGAGGCUCAGGCUGCUACAGUCGGCAUAGUUGAUGCCAUUAAUAACAAGAAGUUUUCGGUGGAGGAAGCUGUGAACAAUGGCAUCGUUGGACCAGAGAUGAAAGAGAAACUUCUGUUUGCUGAGAAAGCCCUUGUAGGCUACACAGAUCCGUACACCAAUGAAGCCAUCUCGGUCUUUCAAGCAAUUCAGAAGAAUGUCAUUCCCUGUGAUGUUGGAGCGAGACUGCUGGAGGCUCAGGCAGCAACAACAGGUAUUUAUGACCCUGCUGAGAAGACCUAUAUUUCAGAAGAGUCUGCAAGUAAGAAGGGGUACUACGACAAAGAUCUUCUGGACAGUCAAACAGAAGCCCUGAAAGUGUUCAAUGAUCCGAUCUCACAAGAACAACUUAACUACAAGCAACUAUUGAAAAAGUGUACGGUGGACACUGGAACUGGAUUGCAUCUCCUACCCAUUUGCAUUACAUUUAAAGGACUGCGUAGAGCAGUGUCUUCUGCAGAGCUCCUGGCAUCAAAAAUCAUUGACAAGGACACGUAUGACAACCUUCAAAAAGGCAAAACUACCACUCAAGAUGUGAUGCUCAUGGAGACUGUGAAAGAAUACUUGGAAGGAAAGGGAAGCAUUGCUGGUCUUGCAUUGAUGUCAUCUGGCAAAAGGAUGAGCAUCUACCAAGCCAUGAAAGAAGGUAUCCUCAUGCCUGGAACAGCACUGAUUCUUUUGGAGGCACAGGCUGCAACCGGAUUCUUGAUUGAUCCUGUCAAAAAUAAAAAGUACAGUGUGGAUGAUGCCGUCCGAGGUGGGAUUGUUGGCCCAGAGUAUCACGCCAAAUUGCUUUCUGCUGAACGGGCUGUCACUGGCUAUAAAGACCCCUACACUGGUGACACAAUAUCUUUAUUUCAGGCUCUAUCAAAGGAGCUCAUCAUAAAGGAGCAUGGAAUCAGACUGCUGGAGGCUCAGAUUGCUACAGGAGGACUAAUUGACCCAGUAAACAGUCAUCGACUGCCAGUGGAUGUUGCCUAUGAGAGAGGUCUGUUUGAUCAGGAAAUGAAUGCCAUUCUGGAGGAUCCGGGCGAUGACACCAAGGGGUUCUUUGACCCAAACACAAAGGAAAAUCUGACUUACUUGCAGCUGAUGGAGCGCAGUGUCAUUGACCCAGCCACUGGACUCUGUCUUCUGCCAAUCAAAUCAAAGUCUGGUGACUUUAACUACACAUUCAUUAAGUAUGAAAACAAAAUCACUUUUAAGGAAGUCAUGGUGACAGUUAACUAUGGCAAAUAUAUGGGAAUGAAGACCUCACUUUGGGAACUAAUGAUGUCAGAGUACCUCAGUGAAAAACAACGGAGAGAUAUCAUUCAACAAUACCGUGAGCGGAAGCUCACAAUUGAGGUAGUCAUUACAAAGGUGCUGGAGAUCAUUGAACAUUCAGUGAAGUCAGCCAAGAUUACAUUUGAAGGAAUCCGAGAAACCGUCACAGCAGAACAACUGGUAGAGGCUGACAUUAUUACAAAAAAUGACUUUGAACAACUAAGCAAAGGGAAAAAAACUACCACCGACAUCAUACAGGAGGAGGAUGUGAAGACAUACCUACAAGGGAAAUCAAGCAUUGCUGGCAUUUUGCUACCAGAUUCACAGAUAAUGUCCAUAUAUCAAGCCCAAAUAAAAGGUAAACUAAGACCUGGAACCAGUCUCAUUCUGCUUGAAGCUCAGGCGUCUACAGGUUUUGUAAUUGAUCCAGUUUCAAACAAAAAAUUCUCAGUGAAAGGUGCUGUAGAAAAUAAAGUAGUGGGACCAGAACUUCAAGCAAAGCUACUCUCAGCAGAAAGAGCAGUGACAGGCUACAAAAAUCCACACGAUGGUAAGACAAUCUCUUUAUUUCAGGCCAUGCAGAAAGACCUCAUUGUAAAAGAUCACGGUAUUCGCCUGCUAGAGGCGCAGAUUGCAACAGGGGGGAUCAUUGACCCCAUAAAUAGUCAUCGCAUCCCAGUCCAUGUGGCAUAUAAAAGGGGAUACUUUAACGUGGAGAUGAAUCAGAUACUCAGUGAUCCCACAGAUGACACAAAAGGGUUCUUUGACCCAAAUACUCAGGAGAAUCUUACCUACCUGGACCUCAUGGACAGAUGUGUUAUUGAUAUUAACACAGGCCUCUGCCUCUUGCCUCUGAAAGGGAAGGAUCACAGGGUGAAUAUACAGGAAGAUACAAAGGAGACAUUCAAAGGGACAUAUGUCAGUGUAAAAUAUGGCCGGUUCAAAAACAAACAGGUGACACUUUGGGAACUUCUGAACUCUGAGUAUUUGUCAGAGGAGAAGAGACAGGACCUGCUCAAACUGUACAAGUCAAGAGAGAUUACAGUUGAGAAAAUAAUCACUUUGAUUGUGGAAAUAAUCAAGACCAAAGAGGGUAGGAAGGAGCCAAGUUGGCAUUUUACAACUCUGAGGAGUACCAUCAGUGUUUCAGCACUCAGAGAUGCAGGAGUUCUUGGAGAUGAAACAUAUGAAGCUCUAAUUGAGGGGAGGCUAACUCAAGAGGACAUUCUACAGACUGGCACAGUGGCCAAAUACCUGAGAGGGACGAGCUCUAUUGCUGGAGUAAUUCUGCAGCCAUCCAAUCAGAAAAUAGGCAUCUACGAGGCCAAGAAAAAAGGUCUCUUGACUCCUGGAACAGCUUUGUGCCUUCUGGAAGCUCAGGCUGCGACAGGAUACAUAAUUGAUCCAGUGAAAAAUGAAAAACUUACUGUGGACCAGGCUACAAAGCAGCAAGUGAUCGGACCAGAGCUUUAUGAGAAACUCCUAUCAGCGGAGCAGGCAGUGACUGGGUACACAGAUCCCUAUAGUGGCAAGAAAAUUUCACUCUUCCAAGCAAUCCAGAAAGAUCUGAUUCUGAAACAGCAUGGUAUUCGUCUCCUUGAAGCCCAGAUAGUGACAGGUGGUAUAAUUGAUCCAAUAAACUGCAUACAUUUACCCAUUGAGGUGGCGUACAAAAGGGGUUAUUUUGAUGCUGAUAUGAAUAAGAUCUUGACAGACCCCACUGAUGAUACCAAAGGGUUUUUUGACCCAAACACACACAAGAACAUGACCUACCUGGAAUUGUUGCAGCAAUGUACCACAGACCCGCAGACUGGGUUCCUUCUCUUGCCACUGAAGAAAAAGGGAGAUGUUGAAGAACAAACACACAAGGUGAAAUCGACGGAAAAAAUGAAAAGAGAUUUUGAGAAGCACCUGGUGAACAUCUCUAUUGGCCAAUAUUCUGGCAAAUGUAUUUCACUGUGGGAGUUGCUUCACACAGAAUACUUCAAUGAUUACGAAAGAAAGCAGAUUCUGGAAAAGUAUGGAAAGUCUUCGAUAACUAUUCAGCAGAUUGUUACACAGGUCACAACAACAAUUGAAACAACUGAAAGGAGUAACACAAAACUGCUUACAGAUGAGGAAAUUGAGAAGGUUUUCAAAGGAAAGUCCAUACAUCUCAAGGCUGGGAAGUUGGCAGGGAAGCAAGUGACAGUGUGGGAACUUGUGCACUCAGAAUACAUAUCUGCUGAAAAGAGAUCUCAAUUAAUACUUGACCUCAAAGAGAGACGACUCACAAUCGAGGAAAUAGUUGUUCUAGUGACUGCAAUUGUAGAAGAGGAAACUUCAAAGAAACACAAAUUUAAAGGAUUAAGAAAACAAGUUUCUGCAAGCCAACUGUUUGAAUCAAAAAUCAUAUCAAAAGAUGUCUUAGGUCAGAUCAUAACAGGUGAAAUCACAGAUGAAGAACUGAUUGAAAUGGACUCAAUUAAAAAAUAUCUCACUGUAACAAACAGCAUUGCAGGGGUAAGAAUUGAGUCAACAAAACAGAUCAUGAGCAUCUAUGAGGCCAAAACCAAAGGACUGCUGACACCUGGAACAUCUCUUGUUCUGCUGGAAGCUCAGGCUGCCACUGGCUUUGUCAUUGACCCAGUCAGCAACAGGAAGUUGUCUGUAGAGGACGCAGUUACUGAGGGUGUGGUGGGUGCAGAAUGGAAGGCAAAACUGUUGUCAGCAGAAAGGGCGGUCACUGGCUACAACGAUCCUUACACUGGCGGAACCAUCUCCCUGUUCCAGGCCUUGAAAAAGGAUCUUAUAGUCAAAGAUCACGGAAUUCGCCUUCUUGAGGCACAGAUAGCCACUGGUGGAAUUAUUGACCCAGUUCACAGUCAUCGAGUACCCACAGAGGCCGCCUACCAGAGGGGCUACUUUGACGAGGAAAUGAACCAGAUCCUAUUAAAUCCAGGUGAUGACACAAAGGGUUUCUUUGAUCCAAACACUAAGGAAAACCUAACUUAUUUGCAAUUAAUAGAAAGGUGUGUGAUUGACCCAAGCACAGGACUCAGCCUGCUUGCAAUAGUGAAGAAAGGAGAAUUUUACUUCUUCAUUGAUGAAAAUACAAAGACAAUUCUGAAGUCAACAAUGACAAAAAAAGCGAAGGGUAAAUUUAGAGGACAAGAGGUGUGUCUGUGGGAGCUUCUUUACUCCAUGUACAUCACUGAGGAGAAACGGAGAGAUCUUGUGCAACAGUAUAAAAAGGGAGCAAUCACAAUUGAAUACUUUAUGGAACAGGUACUGAUAAUCAUUCAAAAGAAAACAUCCUCAACAAAAAUUGAACAAAAAGAAGAAAAGUCUACAUCUAAAAACACAAAGACCACAACAAUCACUACCACAACAACUGAAACAACAUUCCAUGGAAUUAGGAAGGAUGUGACCGCUAAAGAGCUGCUGCAGUCCAAAAUCAUUGACAAGAACCUUUAUGAUGACCUCAGUGCUGGAAAAGUCACUGUGGACCAUGUGAGUGAAAUGGACUCUGUGCGCAGGUACCUGCAAGGCACUAACAGCAUUGCUGGAGUGUAUGUUCAAUCCACUAAAGAAACUCUAAGCAUUUCCGAGGCCAAAACAAAAGGACUGCUGACCCCUGGAACAUCUCUUGUUCUGCUGGAAGCUCAGGCUGCAACUGGUUUUAUCAUUGAUCCAGUCAACAACAGGAAGUUGUCGGUGGAGGAGGCUGCUGCUGCAGGCGUGAUCGGUUUGGAAUGGAAGAGCAAACUGCUAUCAGCAGAGAGGGCCGUCACUGGCUACAAAGACCCUUACACUGAAGAUACAAUCUCUCUUUUCCAGGCCUUGAAGAAAGACCUCAUUGUAAAGGAUCACGGCAUACGUCUACUGGAGGCUCAAAUUGCUACAGGUGGGAUCAUCGAUCCAGUAUACAGCCAUCGAGUGCCUGUAGAAGUGGCCUACCAGAGGGGCUACUUUGAUGAGGAGAUGAACCAGAUCCUCUUAGAUCCAGAUGAUGACACCAAGGGCUUCUUUGAUCCCAACACCAAGGAGAAUCUCACGUAUCUGCAGCUGGUAGAGAGGUGUGUGAAAGAUCCUGUCACAGGACUCAGCCUGCUUGUAAUUGUGAAGAAAGGAGAGUUUUACUUUUUCGUUGAUGAAUGCACAAAGACCAUUCUCAAGUCCAGCACCACAACAAAGGCGGGAGGCAAGUUCUCUGGACAGACAAUUUCGCUGUGGGAGCUCCUUUACUCCAUGUACAUCACUGAGGAGAAACGGAGAGAUCUUGUGCAACAGUACAAAAAUGGAGCAAUCACAAUUGAAUAUUUUAUGGAACAGGUACUGAUAAUCAUUCUAAAGAAAACAUCCUCAACAAAAAUUGAGCAAAAAGAAGAAAAGUCUACAUCUAAAAACACAAAGACAACUAUCACUACAACAACAACUGAAACAAGCUUCCAUGGAAUUAGGAAGGAUGUGACAGCCAAAGACCUUUUGCAGUCCAAAAUCAUUGACAAGAACCUUUAUGAUGACCUCAGUGCUGGAAAAGUCACUGUGGACCAUGUGAGUCAAAUGGACUCUGUGCGCAGGUACCUGCAAGGCACUAACAGCAUUGCUGGAGUGUAUGUUCAAUCCACUAAAGAAACUCUAAGCAUUUCCGAGGCCAAAACCAAAGGACUGCUGACCCCUGGAACAUCUCUUGUUCUGCUGGAAGCUCAAGCUGCAACUGGUUUUAUCAUUGACCCAGUCAACAACAGGAAGUUGUCUGUGGAGGAGGCGGCUGCUGCAGGUGUGAUCGGUUUGGAAUGGAAGAGCAAAUUGCUAUCAGCAGAGAGGGCCGUCACUGGCUACAAAGACCCUUACACUGAAGAUACCAUCUCUCUGUUCCAGGCCUUGAAGAAAGACCUCAUUGUAAAGGAUCACGGCAUACGUCUACUGGAGGCUCAAAUUGCUACAGGUGGGAUCAUCGAUCCAGUAUACAGCCAUCGAGUGCCAGUAGAAGUGGCCUACCAGAGGGGCUACUUUGAUGAAGAAAUGAACCAGAUCCUCUUAGAUCCAGAUGAUGACACCAAGGGCUUCUUUGAUCCCAACACCAAGGAGAAUCUCACGUAUCUGCAGCUGGUAGAGAGGUGUGUGAAAGAUCCUGUCACAGGACUCAGCCUGCUUGUAAUUGUGAAGAAAGGAGAGUUUUACUUUUUCGUUGAUGAAUGCACAAAGACCAAUCUCAAGUCCAGCACCACAACGAAGGCGGGAGGCAAGUUCUCUGGACAGACAAUUUCACUGUGGGAGCUCCUUUACUCCAUGUACAUCACUGAGGAGAAACGGAGAGAUCUUGUGCAACAGUACAAAAAUGGAGCAAUCACAAUUGAAUGCUUUAUGGAACAGGUACUGAUAAUCAUUCAAAAGAAAACAUCCUCAACAAAAAUUGAGCAAAAAGAAGAAAAGUCUACAUCUAAAAACACAAAGACAACUAUCACUACAACAACAACUGAAACAAGCUUCCAUGGAAUUAGGAAGGAUGUGACCGCUAAAGAGCUGCUGCAGUCCAAAAUCAUUGACAAGGACCUUUAUGAUGACCUCAGUGCUGGAAAAGUCACUGUGGACCAUGUGAGUGAAAUGGACUCUGUGCGCAGGUACCUGCAAGGAACUAACAGCAUUGCUGGAGUGUAUGUUCAGUCCACUAAAGAAACUCUAAGCAUUUCCGAGGCCAAAACCAAAGGACUGCUGACCCCUGGAACAUCUCUUGUUCUGCUGGAAGCUCAAGCUGCAACUGGUUUUAUCAUUGACCCAGUCAACAACAGGAAGUUGUCGGUGGAGGAGGCUGCUGCUGCAGGUGUGAUCGGUUUGGAAUGGAAGAGCAAACUGCUAUCAGCAGAGAGGGCCGUCACUGGCUACAAAGACCCUUACACUGAAGAUACCAUCUCUCUGUUCCAGGCCUUGAAGAAAGACCUCAUUGUAAAGGAUCACGGCAUACGUCUACUGGAGGCUCAAAUUGCUACAGGUGGGAUCAUCGAUCCAGUAUACAGCCAUCGAGUGCCAGUAGAAGUGGCCUACCAGAGGGGCUACUUUGAUGAAGAAAUGAACCAGAUCCUCUUAGAUCCAGAUGAUGACACCAAGGGCUUCUUUGAUCCCAACACCAAGGAGAAUCUCACGUAUCUGCAGCUGGUAGAGAGGUGUGUGAAAGAUCCUGUCACAGGACUCAGCCUGCUUGUAAUUGUGAAGAAAGGAGAGUUUUACUUUUUCGUUGAUGAAUGCACAAAGACCAUUCUCAAGUCCAGCACCACAACAAAGGCGGGAGGCAAGUUCUCUGGACAGACAAUUUCGCUGUGGGAGCUCCUUUACUCCAUGUACAUCACUGAGGAGAAACGGAGAGAUCUUGUGCAACAGUACAAAAAUGGAGCAAUCACAAUUGAAUAUUUUAUGGAACAGGUACUGAUAAUCAUUCUAAAGAAAACAUCCUCAACAAAAAUUGAGCAAAAAGAAGAAAAGUCUACAUCUAAAAACACAAAGACAACUAUCACUACAACAACAACUGAAACAAGCUUCCAUGGAAUUAGGAAGGAUGUGACAGCCAAAGACCUUUUGCAGUCCAAAAUCAUUGACAAGAACCUUUAUGAUGACCUCAGUGCUGGAAAAGUCACUGUGGACCAUGUGAGUCAAAUGGACUCUGUGCGCAGGUACCUGCAAGGCACUAACAGCAUUGCUGGAGUGUAUGUUCAAUCCACUAAAGAAACUCUAAGCAUUUCCGAGGCCAAAACCAAAGGACUGCUGACCCCUGGAACAUCUCUUGUUCUGCUGGAAGCUCAAGCUGCAACUGGUUUUAUCAUUGACCCAGUCAACAACAGGAAGUUGUCGGUGGAGGAGGCUGCUGCUGCAGGUGUGAUCGGUUUGGAAUGGAAGAGCAAACUGCUAUCAGCAGAGAGGGCCGUCACUGGCUACAAAGACCCUUACACUGAAGAUACCAUCUCUCUGUUCCAGGCCUUGAAGAAAGACCUCAUUGUAAAGGAUCACGGCAUACGUCUACUGGAGGCUCAAAUUGCUACAGGUGGGAUCAUCGAUCCAGUAUACAGCCAUCGAGUGCCAGUAGAAGUGGCCUACCAGAGGGGCUACUUUGAUGAAGAAAUGAACCAGAUCCUCUUAGAUCCAGAUGAUGACACCAAGGGCUUCUUUGAUCCCAACACCAAGGAGAAUCUCACGUAUCUGCAGCUGGUAGAGAGGUGUGUGAAAGAUCCUGUCACAGGACUCAGCCUGCUUGUAAUUGUGAAGAAAGGAGAGUUUUACUUUUUCGUUGAUGAAUGCACAAAGACCAAUCUCAAGUCCAGCACUACAACGAAGGCGGGAGGCAAGUUCUCUGGACAGACAAUUUCGCUGUGGGAGCUCCUUUACUCCAUGUACAUCACUGAGGAGAAACGGAGAGAUCUUGUGCAACAGUACAAAAAUGGAGCAAUCACAAUUGAAUGCUUUAUGGAACAGGUACUGAUAAUCAUUCAAAAGAAAACAUCCUCAACAACAAUUGAACAAAAAGAAGACAAGUCUACAUCUCAAAGCACAAAGACAACAACUAUUACUACAACAACAGUUGAAACAACCUUCCAUGGAAUUAGGAAGGAUGUGACCGCUAAGGAGCUGCUGCAGUCCAAAAUCAUAGACAAAGGCCUUUAUGAUGACCUCAGUGCUGGAAAAGUCACUGUGGAACAAGUGAGUCAAAUGGACUCUGUGCGCAGGUACCUCCAAGGCACUAACAGCAUUGCUGGAGUGUAUGUUCAAUCCACUAAAGAAACUCUGAGCAUUUCUGAGGCCAAAACCAAAGGACUGCUGACCCCUGGAACAUCUCUUGUUCUGCUGGAAGCUCAAGCUGCAACUGGUUUUAUCAUUGACCCAGUCAACAACAGGAAGUUGUCGGUGGAGGAGGCAGCUGCUGCAGGCGUGAUUGGUUUGGAAUGGAAGAGCAAACUGCUAUCAGCAGAGAGGGCCGUCACUGGCUACAAAGACCCUUACACUGGAGAUACAAUCUCUCUGUUCCAGGCCUUGAAGAAAGACCUCAUUGUAAAGGAUCACGGCAUACGUCUACUGGAGGCUCAAAUUGCUACAGGUGGGAUCAUCGAUCCAGUAUACAGCCAUCGAGUGCCUGUAGAAGUGGCCUACCAGAGGGGCUACUUUGAUGAAGAAAUGAACCAGAUCCUCUUAGAUCCAGAUGAUGACACCAAGGGCUUCUUUGAUCCCAACACCAAAGAGAAUCUCACAUACCUGCAACUGGUAGAGAGGUGUGUGAAAGAUCCUGUCACAGGCCUGAGUUUACUUAAUCUAAAGAAAUAAACGGAGAGCCAAGAAUGUUUUUUUUCACAGCAUUAUUUCAGUGAAGAAAAUGUACCACAUGCUUAUUUCUUAAAAUGCUGCACUGAAAAUUGAGAAGGUUUAUAUUUCACUAAGCAUUUGCUAUUUGCGAUUUCAGUAGAAAUAUAUAAGUUGUACUAAUGUGGUAAUUAUGUCUAGUUUGCCAUAUUCAGGUUCAAAAGGACCUUAGAUAGUAUUUCUUUUUUAUGAUGGUGACGGUAAAAAAUGUGACUAAAUGAUGUGUUUACAAGAACUGUUUGUAAUAGUGAAACCUUUUUUAACCUUUGAUACAAUUGUUCAUUUCUAAGUAACAUGACUGCAGAAGAUGAUUUAGGAGAUUGUUAAAAAGGUUUUAAUCUGGAGAUGAAUGAACAUGUACAUAAUGUUUAUGCUGACUUUAUGACAUACUGCUUUGCACAGGGCAAUAAAAGGGAAAAUAAAA